ACAAGAAGACAAUGAUGGAACCUUUUUCAUGGAGGGAAUUGAGUCAGAGGAGAUGCAAGGGUGGCAGACAAUGUUUGGUCAACAGAUUUUAAAAUGUGUCAUGAUUUGAUUAAUAUUGUACUUCCGCAUUACUCUGAAAAUAUUUUUAAAUGGGUCGCGAUCCAGAGUCUGUAAAUUUAAUAUUUAUAAGAAAUUAUCAUUUUCAAAUGUCAAGCGAAAUUUUUAUUUAACCCUCGUUUCACCUUAAUUCGUGUAAUUCCGGGUUAUACGGAUUGGGGUGUUACAUCACGUAUCAUUCUAGUGAGGCCCGAAGUGCGCGUGCUUAACAAUGAUCGACAUGGCCCACUUCGAGAGGAUGAGCCACAUGGUGCUCGGUGGCGUAUUCUGAGGUUGUUUAAUGGCACUUCUCGAUUUUCUAUUCGUAACUAUCGAGACCAAUUUGACGGUUCACUUCUUCGACACGUUGUUUGGACUCCGUACAAUUUAGGGGCAUUACCAGAUUAUUGUCAGGCCGGUCGCCAAUUGUGGUUUUACGAAGGCUUCAUCAUAUUUGACUUAGUAAUAGAGCCACACAUGCCGAAGAGAUUUGCCCGGCAAUUUGGAAUGUGGCAACAGAUUCCUAACCUUUCAUUCCAUUAUUCUCAUGAGCUGCAUAGGGCAGAUGGCCGCAAUACCGUGCGAGAGGCUUUUAUCCUGACGUACAAUGAGUGGCGUAACAACCGAUUUAACCAUUUAGUGGAAGAUGAAAUGGAGCCACUUCCGCCAAACUAUGUUGGAGAUGGUUGUGUUGAGAACUACAUUAAUUGGUUUUACUUUUAUGGCCGCCGGUUCAUACGCAACCCAGCACACCACCUAGAGAUUGGUGUGGAUGGUUCUGCGGGAUCAUUAGCAAUAGCGGUGAACGCAUUGCGGCGUGUGAGGGAUUCAGUGUUAGACGCGCCAGCACAUGAGAUCCAACAGGUUGCGGCGAAAGCCCUAGUGAAUAUCGAUCGUGCCAAAACAUGCAGAGAGCUCAAGCCAUGCAGAGGAUAAGCAUGCCGGUAUGAUCAACGCCUAUCGCGAUGUGGAAGAGCUUUAAACAGGAAACAUAGUAAAGCGUUUCUGUCUAUGUCACAUACGUAGUAACUUUAAUUCAAAGUUUCACAACAAGAAACUCAAGGACCUCAUGUGGUUGGCAGGGAGUACUCCGAGUGUCCAGGAAUUCCAAGACUGUAUGCAGGAAAUUCGAUGUCAAAGUGAACAGGCAUAUCAAUAUCUUGUUGAGAUUCCGCUACAGUUGUGGACGUUAGCGUACGACGGUGGGAGUCGAUGUGGGAUACUUACCACGAACAGUUCUGAGAGCUUCAACAAUAUGCUAAAAGGUUGUCGAAUGUUACCGGUGAGUGCUAUUAUCAUGAUGUCGUACCAAAAACUCGUUGAUUCUUUUGAGUCACGUCGUAGGUCUUGUUUGUAUUGGAAACAAAAAAAUCUUCGGUUUACUCCAAAGAUUUUGAAGAUCUCUGAAGCUUGGGAAAAAAAUAUACAAAACUUUCAGGCUAUGCAUUAUGGCGGACAUCAAUACGUUGUCUCUAGGGCUUCCAUCUCUAACCCAGGGCAUAUGUACAACUUUGUGAUCGACUUGGGGAAUAAGUCAUGUACUUGUGGACAAUGGCAAGGAGACGGUGUUCCAUGCGUGCAUGUACACUGUUUGUUCCAUUCUUUCAAACAACGUGCGGAUGAUUGUGUCUCUCACAUGUACAGUGUGCAACGAUAUCAGAUCUGUUACUCCGGCCAAAUUAGACCAGUGAUAUUUCCAAAUGAUUUUAAUUAUGCAGAGUAUCCGGUAUUGCCACCGAUAAGGCCUGAAGGAGAAAUAUCGUGUUCCGGUCGCCGCAGGCAAAAACGCUUCCAGGGGAAAUGAGAUGAAAUGGACAACGGAAGGAUAAAAAACGCUUCUAGGGGGA